UCCACAUAAUAUUCUCGAAACGUCCGCAAAUCGUCCCUAAAAUUAAGAAAUUUCUAUUCUAAUCAAUACAAGCAUAAUAUUAAUACUUGUGUGGGUGGUUAACGAGUGGGAAAAAUCAGUUGAAUCGUGCCUUGUGCCUUGUUAUUAUUGUGUGUGAUAAGCAGUGAGUAGUAAGCGAUAACGAAAAGAAAGUUACAGAUGCAGCACGAGUCGAAAUUUAAAAAUCAUGUCGUGUGGGCGCUGUGGAAAUUACUAAUCGACUAAUUUGACUAAACAAACGCGCGUGCGGAUGAAAGUGUAGUGUACGUGCCGUGCAUCCGGAGUACUAAUCGCAUUGUGUACUACACCUUUGUAAAACAAUCAACCGAUGCUGCAAUAUGAAAUAAAUUGAAUUGUAUUUGGAAUAAAUUUGUGAUGUGAUAUAAAGUGCCAUGAAAUUGUGUGAAACCUACGCGUCCUGAAUUUUUUCUUUAUUUUUUUCUUCUGAGGUGUUUCUUUGAUUCUUUGAUUCUCUUUCUCAUUCAUUGAUUUGGAUGAAUGGACGUUGAAUGGAAUAACCGGUAUUUUUUUUCUACGUCGUUGUGUGAUUACGCCUACGUGUAAUAGUUUUGUUGUUGUUGUUGUUGUUGCGGGGAUAUUGCACAAGUUGGAUGCAGAAAAACAUGAACAUGUGUUUGGUGUUGGCACACCAUACGCACAAGCACCAUAUUUGAAAAAGAAAAGCGUAUCGAUUCUUCGCAACGCUGGCGAAACCGGCGCUUAGGAGUAUAUUUAGCCGUAGGACCCGAUCCGCUAACGCGUCCACGGAGGAAGGUGGAAGUUUCCCUCCGAAAAUGGACCGCCCCCAAAUCUCGCCGGCGAUGGGCGGCACAAUGCACCACAUGCAGGAGCAGACCUACAUCCAGGCGCCCAACUACCUCCAGACGCAGAAUUACGCCACCCCUACGCCCAACCCUAUGUAUCCACGCACCUCCCCCAAUGGAUCCGGCGGAGGCGGUUAUGUCUCCGUAGCGCAGCCCAUGCACAAGAAGGGCUCGCUGCGUAAUGGAGAUAUUCUCAAGCGUUCACGCGUGCAAACAACGUAUGAGCUGUCGCAGGACAUUCUCGAUAAGCAGAUCGAGGUGCUCGAGAGAAAGUAUGGAGGCGUCAAGGCGCGCAAUGCUGCGCUUACGAUUCAGCGUGCGUUUCGGCGCUACACCCUGCUGAAGAAAUUCGCGGCCAUUACGGCGAUGGCCAAGGCGGAGAAGCGCAUCAGUCGGCGGAUUCCCAACAAUGGCGACGACGCACGUAGUAAUAUCGGGGAACCUGAACAGUGUGAACCGGAUUAUAUUCGGAACUAUGACAAUGGUCAUGAAUGUGGUACAAUCCGCGCGCUCCCGAUGCGCUCCAUGUCGUUGCGCGAACGCCGUAACGUAGACAGUAUUUCCAUCCCCCGUAGCCAGUCCGGCACGCCUACCGCGUGCUGGGAGAACUACGCCCCUCACAUGCAAAUGCCACACUACUACACCACCACGAACGCCGGCGGCGGCGACCAGUCGCUGACAAACAAACACGACCCGCACGCUCUUUCCACACUCGCCACUUCGAGUUCUUGCAGCACCCCUAUCGGCGGCAGCGGCGGCCACGGUGGCGGCGCGCACAACAACGGCUACCAUCGCUCUUCGCGCUCCUCGCUCAACAGCAGUGUCGGCAGCAACAGUCGCAAGGUCCCCCCUGAAGUCCCCAAGCGCACCUCCAGCAUCAACACCCGCAACUCUGACCCACGCCACCUCCGAUCCAAUGGUUUGUCCAAGAGCACCGAGAACGGAUCACUCUCCAGCGUGCAGUCGUCGGGCAGCGAUAGUAGCAUCUCCACCGAGCGCAUUCAAUGCGGGGAUUAUCCCGGCUCGCCGAUUUGGAAGCGCAAAGGCGGCGGCCAUCAUCAGGAGUACGAGCAGCAGGCGCUGGAGACUAGUUUAGGCAAUAUCUCGAGUUCUAGUACUUCCACGUAUGUCCUCGACAGGCAGGAGCAACCCCAGCCGCCAGCGGCGGCGUACAAAAUAUCGGAAACCGUGCGCAAGCGGCAGUACCGCGUCGGGUUGAACCUCUUCAACAAGAAGCCCGAUCGAGGCAUCGCCUACCUCAUCCGCAGAGGCUUCCUGGAGAAUACACCUUCGGGAGUUGCGAGGUUUCUCAUCACACGCAAGGGAUUGAGUAAACAGAUGAUUGGCGAGUAUCUCGGCAACCUACAGAGUCCAUUCUGCAUGGCGGUGUUGGAAAAUUUCGCCAUGGAGUUGGACCUUGCUGGAAUGCAGGUGGAUGUUGCGUUGAGGAAGUUCCAGCAACACUUUCGAAUGCCUGGCGAAGCGCAAAAGAUCGAACGACUCAUGGAGGUCUUUUCACAGCGCUUCUGCCAGUGUAAUGUUGACAUUGUCGCAAGGUUACGAUCACCCGAUACGAUAUUCGUGUUGGCGUUUGCUAUUAUCAUGCUCAACACCGAUUUACACACGCCGAGCAUAAAGCCAGAGCGACGUAUGCGCGUCGAAGACUUCAUCAAGAACCUGCGCGGAAUUGAUGAUUGCGGUGAUAUUGACAGCGAUAUGUUGAACGGAGUCUACGAACGUGUCAAGGCGAAUGAAUUCAAGCCGGGCUCGGAUCACGUGACGCAAGUGAUGAAGGUGCAGGCGACAAUUGUGGGCAAGAAGCCCAAUAUGGCGCUGCCACAUAGACGGCUAGUGUGUUACUGCCGGCUGUAUGAGAUCCCCGAUACGAACAAGAAGGAACGACCGGGUGUACAUCAACGCGAGGUGUUUCUCUUCAACGACCUGCUCGUCAUCACGAAGAUACUCAGCAAGAAGAAGUCGUCGGUGACGUACACGUUUAGGAAUAGCUAUCCGUUGGCUGGCAUGGUUGUGACGUUGUUUGAGAAGCAACAUUAUCCGUUUGGUAUUCGUCUGUCGCAACGAGUGGAUGGGAAGGCUCUGGUGACGUUCAACGCUCGCAACGAGCACGAUCGAUGCAAGUUUGCCGAGGAUCUUAAAGAGUCGAUUAGCGAAAUGGACGAGAUGGAGAAUUUACGCAUCGAAGCCGAGUUGGAGAGGCAAAAGUCUAGUCGUGGGAAUAGAUCUGGAGCAGAAAAUCGUGAUAGUGGUGUAGCUGAUGUUGAAGUGUGUCCAUGUCAGUGUCCUUGCGCACAAACGCCUGGCACCGGCCCGAGUGAGAACCCCACCGAAGAUGUCGUCCACGAUCCGCAAAUUAAACGCUCGGCGCUUAGCAAUUCCCUCCUUGACAUCCACGAGCAGUUUACAGGCGAGAAGGCGCAACGUCGCGGAAGUGUAGGCUCGCUGGACAGCGGCAUGUCAGUGUCCUUUCAAUCGACAUCAGCGAGCACCUGCUCGCGAUCAGACAAACUGGCUGCCGGCGGUGGUGCGGGUAAAGUCCCACCGAAGUCGGUCUACUACCAGCAUUCCUUCCUCGGCGGGCUGUUCAACAAGAAGCAAGCGUCGCUAGGCAACGCGCCGCCCACCACUACUGCCGCGGCAGUGGCCAAAUCCACCGAGGUUUGAGCUACCGCGCAUGGGCAAACACGUGUUUUUUGUUUGUUUUAAAUUUAUUUAUUUCAUUCGUUAAAACUGCCAAACCGUCAAGCAUAGUAAGUGUUCAAAUCAAUACAUUUAACAAGAUAUUAUAAAUGAAAGAGAAAAUGAAAGGAAAUUAACGCAUAUAGAACAUAUAUUAUGAUAUAUAAAUGAUAAUAUUUACCAAAUACUAUACUUACUUAAAGAUGUUGUUUCGACGGAGCGUUUGAUGAGGAAAAUAUCUUAACCAAAAAAAAUGAAAUGAAAUUCAGUGUUACCAAAUAUUUAACUCGAACUUAACAUACAAGAAAUUUGAACCUCAGUCUUUUGUCGAGGUUAGCAAUUGUCGUGGCGAAUGGUUUUGUUUUAUUUUUUGCUAGUACGUAUAACAUUGUAAUGAUUACCCGUUUAGGCGAUUGCAAGUCGUAGAUCUGUGUAAAUUUCAACUUUUGCUCUCUCCGCGCGAGGAUUUAUAACAAUAAUUCUUAAUGUGUGUAUAUUUUGCUACUUAAGUGGAGUGUAAUAUAUUUGAUUGCGAAUACUUUUGUACAUACCACGAAGCGAGUGUGUGGGGGGCGGCGGUGGAAGGACGAAGGAGGAGAGCGGAGGUAGCAUAUUCUAAUUGUGACUUUGUAUUUUGAGAGCAAAUCAGUUUCUAGUCGAAUGUAAAUAAGCUAGGAGUCGCAUACUACUUUUUAAAGGAUAAUUUAAACUUAUGUACUAAGUGUUUUUUUAAUAACUAAUAAACAGUGAAUCGUAAAUAUUGAAUACAA